ACGCUUUAGGAAGAGAAUUCGGGCCAGAAAGAUGGCUGAAUUAACUCAGCUUAUGGAUCAAGAGAUCCCCGAUGGACGCCAGCAUCUUCAAGAUAGUUACAAAAAUCUGGAGAAAGUAGCUCAGUAUUGUCGGGAUAAUUAUGUUCAGGCUACAGACAAGCGUGCUGCUUUGGAGGAAACCAAGAACUACACCACACACUCUCUGGCCAGUGUAGCCUACCAGAUCAACAGUUUGGCCACUAACUUCCUCAAGCUGCUUGACCUUCAGCAGAGUCAGCUGGCAGAAAUGGAAUCGGGAGUCAACUACUUGGCACAGACAGUAAAUAUUCACAAAGAGAAGGUGGCAAGGAGAGAAAUCGGGGUCCUGACAACCAACAGGAGCUCUACCAGGCCGACUGGAGUCAAGAAUGGCAUCAUCUUUCCAGAGCAAGCAGAGAAACCCACAAAAUACCAGCGCAAACCCAUAGAUUACGCCAGUCUGGAUGAAUUAGGUCACGGGGUCAGGGUACAAGAACCGGGUUUAAUGCUCAAGGGUAGUACCAAACCUGCUCGAAGCCCCUCUAUCAGUAGCAGCUCAUCCUCCCAGGCUCCGACGUCGCAUCCCCCCACACCCCCAAUGAACCGUGCUGGGGGCACCAUGGGGAGGAAUGCUGGGAGUCACUACAGAACCCCUGCCCCUCCUGUGGCCCCACCCUCGGUCCCCUCGGUCCCCUCACAGUACGGACCUGGACCUAAUAGUUACACUGUUCAGACCACAGGGCUACCAGGUCAGUCUCGAUCUUCGACAAGAGGAAGUAAUUAUGGUCAGAUGAUGGCGCCUUCCAUGGCCCCACCCCCUGCUCCUGCUCCACCCCCACCGGUAGGAAUGGCCACGCCCAUGUCACACCCAGGGUCUGGUCGAAUGUCACAGUCCGCUGUCGACAACUUACCACCACCCCCCUCACCCGAGGUUCAGCAAGGAGUGGAAGUGCCCAAUGGUAUUCUGGAAGCCUCACCCCCUCUGCCUCCACCCCCACAGGACAACCAACAGUAUCCACCCUAUCUGGAGCACCCCCUCCCACCCCCCGAGUUUAUAGACGACGGUGAUGACAUUGGAUACCGCCAGGAGGAGGACCCCUACGCUGCCACUGGACCAAACUUUGCCCUGCCUGAUUGGGUACCUGAACAUUACCUGGAGAAAGUUAUAGCAAUUUAUGACUAUAAUGCCGAAAAAGAGGACGAACUCUCUUUCUUUGAGAAUUCCGUUAUCUACGUCUUGAAGAAAAACGACGAUGGCUGGUAUGAAGGAGUGUUGAAUGGACUCACGGGACUGUUUCCUGGAAACUAUGUUGAACCCUGCAUGUGAUUAGACAGCGAUAGGAAAUCUCCAUUUUAUAUGUACAUGUACUACAUGUAUUUACAAGUUAAGCAUUAACUCUCAAAUAUA